AUGACGUCCUUGCACCGCCCAUGCUGCACCGCAGGGACAAACCUAGUUCAAGCCAGCAAGAAAGGUGCAAACGCGAACAACAACAACCACCUUUAGAUGUUGGAGGCUGGCAUAGCGUUUGGGCUCGGCUCUAGCUGCUGCAGUGGCUCCGAGGAAACGCCCGCGCGGGAGACGAGCAGGUGUUGCCACGGCGGUGCAGCAGCAGUAGCAGCAGUAACCAAGCAGACCGCAUCGACGCCACCAACGGCAGUAGCAGCGGCGGCGGUUCAAGCAGCAGCAGCGGCCGAGAGCGACGCGGCCGCGUACGUUUGCGCCUGCACCGUCACCGCCAACUCCAGCGGCAGCGACGGCGACCAAACCAACGGCGGCAGCAGCCCGCGCAAAAGGCUGGCAGCGGACGGCAGUAGCAGCGCCAACAACAACAACAACAACAACGGCAGCGCGGGCUCGGCGCCGGACGCGGCCAGAGCCCUCCGCCACCUGCUACUGCCGCUGGCCGCGCAACUGGAGCUGCCGCCCUCAGCGGGCUCUGCUACAGCCGCCACCAUAACCACGAUGGCGCCUCCGCCCCAGUCGCCAACAGCAGGGCCAGACCCACCUCAGCCUCAGCAGCAGCCAGUAGCCGAGCGGCUGCAGCGCCUGCCCUCACCGCCCAGCCCCGUGCCAACGCCCACACGUGCGCCGCCGUCGCCGCCGCGGCCCCAAACGCCCCCUGUGUCGCCCGCGCCUGGAGAGCGCACGGCGGCGACGAACAGCUGCAGCGGUGAGGAUGGCGGCGGCGGCGGCAGUAGCUACAGCGGUGUCCAGCAGGCGCCGCCGAGCCCGUCCGAUUCGGCCGCACCGCUGGCGCUUGCCCAGCAGCUACAGCCCCCUGCUGGCCCUGCUACAGCCCACCAGCAGCAGCCCCAGCAGCAGCCGGGGGCGGCGGUCGCAUCAGCGCAGCCUGCUGGUGAAGGCUGUAGCGGACGCAGCGACGGUGGCAGUAGCAGCGGAGCCACGGCGGCGGCCGUGUCACAGUCCGAGGGGGAGGUGCCCGUACCCGCUGAGCCGGCUGUGCCCUCCGCAAACCUCGACGUCAACGCCCACACCAACGCCCACACCGCCGUCGCCAAAGCCGCAGCCGGAGCAGCGACGCCGCCAGAAGCGGCGGCAGCGGGUGCGGCGCCCGCGACGCCUCCAGGCGGCAUCACGGCCGCCGCCGCCGCGCUGCUGGCCCCGGGUCAGUUCCAGCGCUACUACAGCCGCAUGUGCGACGCACACGCGGAGGCGCUGGCGGCGGAGCUGGCGGCGGCGGCGGCGGCGGCGGCGGCGGCGGACAUGUCGCCUCCACCGCCACCGCCGCCACUGAUGUUACCGCAGCAACAGCUGCAGCUGUUGAGCCCCCAUGCCGCCGGCUACCCGCCGUUCCCCGCUGCAGCCCCGCAGCAGCACGCACCGCCCUUCCAGUCCCACACCCUCCCACAACCCCAGCCGCCGCCGCCGCCUCACCACCUGCACCACCCGCUGCACUACGGCGGCAGCCCUCUGCUGGCUCGCGGCGGCCAUAACGGUUACAACGGCAAUCCCAACCACCACAACCACCUCGGCGGCGGCGGUGGCGGCCCCUGCUGGACGUCACUGGACGAGUGGCGACAGCGGCACCUGUUGGAGAUCGAGGCCAUGCAGGGCAUCGUGCCGGGACCGGUAGCCGACAACCGCAGCACCAACCGCCACAACCACCACCAUCACAACCACCUUCAGCCGCCAACCAACCUCUUUGGCGGCUACAGCGGCGCCGGUGGCGGCGGCGGUGUUGGCGGUGAGAGCUACAGCCGUCCGCCGCCGUGGCAGCAGCAGCAGCAGCAGCAGCAGCACUACCUGCUACAGCAGCAUCCACUGUCACCCGACCCCCGGCACCUUUCGCUGCCGCCGCCACCUCCACCGCCGCCGCCGCCGCCACAACACUACGCGGCUGAGGCAUUGCCGGCGGCGGGGCGGCACCCCAACCACCCCAACCACCACCAUCAGUCCGGUGAUCAGCAGCCCAACAACCGCGGCGUUGAUAAUGGCGGCACAGGCGGCGGCGCAGCGGGCCUGAGCCCCGCGGGCCGCAUGCUCACUCGGUUCUUCAGUCAGCGCACCGGUGCCGGCGGCGACGGCUUUGGCGGCCCUGCUCCCGAAGAGGAGGAGGCUGCUACUGCCACCGCCGCCAUUACUGCAGACGGCGGUGUUGGUGGUGGUGCUACUGCCGGGACAGCGUCUGAGCUGGGUAGCGGCGACAACGGCGGCGGCGGCAGUGGCGGCAGCGCAAGCCGGCGCAGCGAUGAGGGGCCGCUGCCAUGUCCUGACGCCUUCGCCACAGCGGCGGCGGCGGCGGCGGCGGCAGCGGCGGCGGCGGCUGACGCUGCCGCCGAGACUGCUGCUGAUGUUGCCGACCAGCCGCCGCCGCGCUCGCACUCGCCGCCGCCGUCGGGCCUGCUGCGCUUCGACGGCAGCCAGCGCGAGCACAUGUCGCCGCAGCCGCACACCCAGCCGCCGUCAGUCAUCGGCAGCAACCCCAUGUCAUCGUCAGUGUACGGCGGCGGUUAUGGCGGCGGCGGCCAUGCCGCACUGCCGUACCAGAUGUCGUACGACUCUCUGGUGCUGGAGGGCGGCAGUUACGGCGGCGGCGAAGGCGGUUUUGGCGGUUUCCUGCCCGCCUUUGCCUCUGUGCCCGAAGGCCUGGGCCUCUUCGGCGCCGGCGGUGGUUACAGCCGCACUGGCGCCGGCGGCGCCAGUGCUACAGCCGGCGGCGCGGCUGGUGGCGGCGGCGACCUGCUGCUGCCGAUGGGCCUCGGUGGCGGCGGCCCGUACGACAUCUCGCCGUACGGCACGCCGCCCAUGUCUUACACCAGUGGCGGCGGUGGCGUUGGUGGCGGCGGCGGCGGUUUCCAGGCCUUUGGCGCCACGCCGCCGUCGCCGCCGUCGCGGCUGCUGGCGUGGGGCAACUCGGCGCCUGCCGGCGGCGGCGGCACCAUCGGGCCCUUCGGCAGUCUUGGCGGCGCAGACGGCGGCGGCGGUUUCGGUGGCGGCGGCGGCGGCGGAGGCCGCAGCGGCAACGGGCACAGCCUGUACACUGGUGGCGGUGUGAAGGGUAUCAGUGGUGGCGGCGGCGGCGGCUUUGGCGUCAGCGGCGGCGGCAGCUGCGGCAGCGGCGGCGCUGGCGGCGGCAUGGGUGUCGGCGGCGGCGGCGGCGGCUGUGUACGGCUGGAGUCGCUGUUUGGGCGGUUGACGGCCCUGAGCUGCGACCAGCAGGGCAGUCGGGUGGUGCAGAGGCUGUUGGGCAGUGCCGCCAGCGAGCAGGUGGGCCGCUGCCUGGACGAGCUGCUGCCGUCAGUGUACGACACCUCCUGCCACCCGUACGGCAACUACGUGCUGCAGCAGUUGAUGGCGGUUGGCGGCGCCCGCCACAAGCUGCGGCUGUGCGGUGCGCUGUCCGGCCGCAUCCGGGAGCUGUCGUUCGACCCGUACGGCUGCCGGGUGGUGCAGAAGCUGCUGGAGGUGGUGCCUGAGCCUCAGGCGGCGGCGGCGGUGGCGGAGCUGGACGGCACAGUCAUGCGCUGCGUGCGGGACAAGUGCGCGCAUCACGUGUUGCGGGCGGCGCUGCACCACGUGCCCCACAGCCGCCAGACAUUCCUGGUGGACACACUGCAGUCUGCGCUGCCUGCCCUGGCGCGCCACCCCUACGGCUGCCGACUGGUGCAGUCGCUGCUGCAGACCACCAGCGAGCCCGAGCGCUGGGAGGUCAUCGCCAGAGACCUACUGCAGGACGCGCCGCAGCUGGGCGGUCACGAGUACGGCAAUUACGUGAUGCAAACGCUGGCGCAGGUGGCGGCGCCGCACGUGCGUUCCGCACUGGCGGCGGCCCUGGCGCCGCAUGCCGUACGGCUGGCGUGCUGCCGCCACGGCAGCCCCGUACUGGAGGCCGUACUCAAGUACGGCAGCGAGGGCGACCGCGAGGUACUGCUGGCGGCGCUGCUGGGACCAACCACCGCCGGUGGCGGCGGCGGUUGUUCCGUUGGAUCCGGCAGCCCGUACGGCAGUAACGGCGGCGCCGGCGGCUGGCCGUUUGAGAUUGGCGGCGGAGAGGGCGGCGGCGGCGCGGCUGCGGGCGCCAUUGCGGCUGCGGCUGCGGGUGUUGGGAGUGGAGGAGGAGGGGGCGGCGUCAGUGGCGGCGGGAGCGGCAGUGGCAGCGGCAGCAGUAGCUGCAGCCGGGCUCUGCGGCUGGCGUGCGAUCCCUUUGGGAAUUACGUGCUGCAGCGCUGCUUCCAGGUGUGCAGUCCCGGCCAGGCCGCCCGGCUGGCUGCGGCGCUGCUGCCCGCCAUCCCCGAGCUGUCCGCGCGCUGUGCCGCCAGCCACCACCCAGGCAUGGCCGCACUGCUAGCCAGACUGCAGGAGAUGACGCCCGACCCCGGCCAGCUGCACCUGCAGCAGCAGCUGCAACGCCAACAGCAGGACCCGAACCACCAGCAAGACGAACACUACCAGCAGCUACAGCUACAGCUACAGCAGCACCUCGGCAGUAGCAGCUACCCCCUGUCCCCCCACGUGCACCUGCAGCACCUGCAGCCGCCGGCGACGCCGCCGCACCCGCCGUCGCCAGUGUUUGGCGGCGGCGCGUUGCCGCCGCCGCCGUACGCCCAGCACUCUUUCGGCGGUGGUGGCGGCGGCGGCGUCUCUCCAUUCGGCAUGCCGGGCGCAGGCGCGGCCAUGUUUGGCAGUAGCAUGAUGGGUGCUACAGCUGAUAACAGGUACUUUGGCGGCGUCGCCAGCGAUGGCGGCAGUGGCAGUCUGGACCUGUCAGUACUCCUGUCGAAGCUGUCGCAGGAGGAGCAGCGGCAGCUGCUGCUGCAGCUACAGCCGCCCAGCAGCCUGUUCGGCAGUAGCGGCAGCGACGCGGCCGCGGCGUUGUACGGGUACGACAGCGUGGCCAGUGUGGGAGGAGUGGCUGCUACUGCGGCGUCAGCAGCGGCGGCGGGGAAUUUGGCAGAUGGCGGCAGUAGCAGCGGCGUCACUGCGCUGGAGGUGGGCAGCAGGCGCUACUGCCGCAAUAGCACCAGCAGCUUCGGCAGUAGCAGCACCGCCGCUGCCGAGCGCGCCAGCGGCGCCGCUGCUACUGCCACCAUCACGGCAGGCGACGCCUCUCCGCCGCCCUCCGACCAAGCCAGCAGCGGCGCCCCCGCCAACGCCGCUGCUACAGCCGCCGCCGGCCCAGCCAAGGUGCCCGAGAGCGAGGCGGCAGUAGCAGCGGCUGCAGCCGUGGCUGUAGCAGCGGCGGCCCGGGCCCUCAGCCUGGAGGAGUGGGCCCUGGUGGCGGCAAUUGGCGGCAGUAGCAACGGCGGCCCCGACGCCUCCGGCGGCGCCCUCGCGGCGGCUACAGCUGCUUCGGGCCUGCGCUCUCCUAUGCCUUUGCUGCCUGCCGCUGUCUGGGCCCACCACAUUCCUGGGGCAGAACUGGCAGGUGGCGGAGAUAGCAGCACAUCAGCCAAGCGGCCACACGGCCAGCACCCAACGACGGCGGAGGCUGCAGCAGCCACAGCGGCAGUAGCAGCAGGAGGCGACGGCUGGAGCCGGCUGCUGCUGCGCACGCUGAGCCGCGUGGCGAGCGGCGGCGGCGGCAGUGGCGGCAACAAGGCUGUAGGUGGGGCGGCGGGUGGUGGGGAGGCGGCGGUUGAUGAGCUGUCCGAAUACCCCGAGGAUGCGGUGCUCACGGAAGACUCGGUGGCGGCGGCGCUGAGGGCUCUGGGCCUGGCGCCCGUGGGCAGCGGCCGACAGCGCUAGGUGGAUGGAUGGGAGAGGGCGUCGAUCGGGGAAGUGACAGUGUGAUGAGCUGUGGGGUCGCUGAGAGCGUCAGGUCAAAGAGGUAAUCAGGAUCAUAUUACGGUCGUAGUGUGGCUGCAUCUUGUAAGAUAGGCUUUGUAUGGUUCUGGCUGCGCUGCGGCCCCGUAGGCUCCAAAUGUGUAGCGUCACAGCCAGUAAUCGGCUGUCUAUCUCAGCAACCCAACAGGGAAGGAAAGAACAUGUGCAGAGCCAACGUGUAUGAUGAAAGCAGGCGCACAUAUGUACCGUAUGGUUGAUCCGCAUGGGAAAGAAGUCGGAAGAGGUUCAUGUGGCAUGAGCGCGUGAUGGAUGUAUCAUGUUGUCGCUGGAUGGCGGCACGGGCGCGGCGGCGGCGGCAGGCGGCAGGCGGCGCAUUGCCGCCUUGCGGUUUCGUGUCGGGCGCCCGAAGUUUGGUUGGGUGCGACUAUUUCAGUUCAUUCCCACCGUGCCAUGGUUGCUAUGCACGGGGGUCUGUUGCUAGGCCCACGCAUAAGUGCAUUACCGCAUUGACGAACGUAGUGGUCCCUUCCAGAAACAUUCCCUUUUGCUUAUGAGGAAUCGUGCUGCUGAUUGUAUGUGAAUGCAGAAGCGGGCCAGAAGCCCCUAAACCCUAAGUGCACGUGUGUAUUUGCGGCGUGUACGCUACAAUUACCCCGUGCUGCAUGCGGCGUGGUCGUGCGAGUUCCCAUUGACAGCUGUGCAGGCGCACAUGACAUAUCUUAUACCCUGUGAAGUUCCGUGUAGAUGAAGAUGUUUAGAUGUGACAAUGUGAACGCCGCGGUAAACCCUCAGAUGCUACCAGGCAGGGUAGUACGGACUGGGCAGGGUAAAUUACACGGUCACGAUUCAAGCUAGAAGUCUUUACCUUUUCUUUGAGGCAAAGCCGCGCAGGCGGCGCUGCAGGCCGGCGGGCGUGUACAGGCGGGCAGGACAUCUGAGGAAGGCCGAAGGCGGCCUGUGGGCGCAGGUCCAUCAGGCGCAACAGUGACUCCCUCGUGUACAUUUGUAGUCUGUCAUGAGGACCUCUGAAGCUGUGGGUAGCCGGGGGUUCAAACGGUACGGUACUAUGCGGGUAACUGGGUAACUGGAUCAUGGGCAUGCACGUGGCGAGUGGCGAUGUAACCGGUAGAGCGCGCUGCAGAGCCGCCGCAUUGCAUACGGUAGUGCGCAAAAGAGAGACCCGGUCUCCCCCAAAACACAGAUUUGGAGAGUGUAUCUGAGUUCAUAGCACAGAGCAGGCGGGAGUGCAGAAGGCGCCCCGAGAUCUGAUAAAUCGGUGCCGAGGCACGUGUGCGGAUGGCUUUGGCCACCCUGAAUGGCACAACACGGAGGCAAGCGGGUUGUGGAAUUGAUGGUUGUUGCGGGGUUGGUUAAUUGACGGUAUUCGCUGGUUGGCAAAGGAUUUGCGCAGGAACUUCAGCCAUGGUGGGGGGUGUCGCACGAGUGCGUUCACCACCACGGCACGUCGGCAUCAGGACCAGCAGCGGGACAUGGGGUCGCACGCCCUGUCCGCGGUCCGACUGUAACAAUAAGUGCCU